UAUUAAUAAGGUAACAAGAGGAUAAGACUACAAAUUCUAACCGACGAAUGGGGAAGAAUGAGCUACGCCGUUUGCCAAUUAGGAAUAGGAAUUGCAAUUUGAAGGUAGAAUAGAUCUGGAAUUAACAGUUUAAAUAUCUAUUAGUUAAUAGUGAUAAAAAUGAAAUUUGUUAAAUUAGCUUUGAUCGCAGUCAUUAUAUCAUGCCCCUACAAAUCAGUUCACGCCAGUGACACCACUGGUACAUCGCAAUCAACUCCGGCAGAUUCUGCUCAAACUUUAGGAUCAGGUCAGGGUAGUACUCCAGCUGAUCAAACAACUUCAUCUGAAACUACAACCGGCCAGGCUGAACCUACAACUCAGGCCACUGGUGGAUCUGCUCCGGCUACUGGAACUACACCUGCCGCUCAAACAGCUGAAAAAACCGAGGAUACGGGUGAAACUAUCGAUAUCAAAUCUGGUCAGGGUACAGAUAAGAUUGACUACUCCUGUGUGGGUAAAUAUAAAGCAUACAAGGCCAAAGCUGGUCAUACAAUUUCUAAGAUAGUAGGGAAAAAUGGGUUGGAAAUCUGGAAGGCUCAACCAAGUGAUCACGCCAUCAUGGUGGUACUCAUGGGUAAAGGUAGUAAGAAAAAACAUGUUGCAAUUCUACUUAAAAGUCAUAAAUUAGUACUUUUUUACAGGGAUGGUAAGAGUAAUCCCUGGAAAAACUUAACCAGUGAGAGAAAAGAUGUUAGUAAACUUAAGUUCUAUGCUGAUGGUGACAGAGAGCUCACUACAUCUGAUUAUAAAGUUACGAUCGUCGGCCGUGAUAAAACUUUUGCCUUCACUUAUGAGUUCAACAGUGGAGUUACAUGUCUGAAAAUUAAACACAGUGGUAGUGAGAUUUGGAAAAGUUCGGAUGACCCGGAGUUUAAAGACAUCAAGAAGUUUUCACUAGGUCUUCUUUCAAACUGUUUCCACGUCUAUAAGAGUGCGACCGAAUAUAAGAGACUAGGGUCUGAUUCAAAUACUGCCACUUCCAAGAAAAAAUGAACACCUGGUUUCUUAGAAUUAUCCUCUAAAUAUUUGUCAAACUCAAUUUAAUUCACAUUUCAAAACUAACAUUUAUAAAUGCUGCUGUACCAUAGCAAAUCUCACCAAAUGUAGUUGAUUUGAGAUACUCCUCAAAUCUGAUAAUGAUACUCAAGUAUAAUUUCACAUAACGCAUAGAUUGCAAAAUUUUAAUAUUAUUUUAAGUG